GAGAGAUUCUUGGUGGAUACAAUCCCCUAAAAUGGAAUACUAAUGCACAAGAUAAAUCGGAUAAAGUAAUCAAGAAGGAUACUUGGUCCAGAACAAAAGAUAGUUUCAUUUUUAAUUUAACACCAAAAAUUCUAGAAAAUCCGGGUGGUAAAAAAAUUAAUGAUACUUAUGUAUUAAGUAGGGUUCAGAAUCCAGGAUAUGCAUUCUUUUAUAGUUCAAAAUUGGGACCUAACUUUGGAGAUUUUGAUCUUAAAAUGAGUAAUAAUUUCAAAAAGUCCAAAGGAACCAGCUGUAGACAAGUUAAUUAUGAAAAACCUAUUAGAAAAAGCACUGAACCCUUUAUGAUUGAUGAAUAUGAGAUAUUUCAGAUUUGUCCAAGAACUUAA